AAGCCUUUUAGUUUCGUUGGCCAUAGUUUUACUACAGUUAUGCUGUGCGACCAUAACGUCCCAUUUAACUGGCCACUUUGUCUUUGAUGCCUAAUGGAUAAAUCAUUACGACGUUAUUGAACCUCUAUUGCUCUUCGAGUUCUUUACAGAAUAGCGCAUUUUCGUCUAGUUUCAUUCCAUAUAUACUUCCCAUACAUACCUAGUUAAAAUGACGAAGUUCAAACCAAACCCAAGUGCCUUCAAUUUCAAGCCAAGCGGAGAACACCACUGGGGUCGUUCUGAUCCUAUGCUUCAAGAAUCUAAUCAAAGGCUCGCAAUAUCCAACGACUCACGAUCCCAGAUACAAUGCCGAUUUUUCCAGCAAGGCCGGUGUCGAAACGGCGAUUCUUGCCCGUACCUACAUGAGAAUAAUGCUGCAUCUGAUAUUAAUUCCCUUCAAAGAAUGCCGAAUGAGAUCCAUGCGACUGCAACACAAGGCAGAUUCACUCGUACUAUUCGUGGUGCCUUGGUUCACUUUGAGAAAGGCGCUACUGUCGAAAAGAUAUCAUUGCCCUCAGACUUCUCUAUCGUUCAAAUAAGCCGACUCCCACAAGAUAGUACAAGAAAUUACGUAUUAGAUCUCCUUCAGUCACGCAAUAUCAAAACGCCGAACGAAACAGAAGUACGCAUCACUCACGAACAGGAUAUUUGGAGUGCCUUAGUAAAAGUCGAAGAUCCCGAAUUCGCUAAGACCGCCGCGAGAAAACUGAAUCUACAGAGGGCUUCCUACUCGGACCAAAACCUGCAGCCCACAGCUACUCCAAUACCAAACCCUAUACAGUCAGAUUCGAAUACUCUUCGUGUUGAUUGCUGCAAGGUCCAUAUAUCUUGGCACAAACCAUACAGGACAGUGUGGCUCAACUUUGGCGACGGGGAGAUUGCUAAGCGUGUACGCAACAACUUUCGGGAUGGAACAUACAAAGUUUUGAACCAAUGCGUGCAUUGUGAUGAUCUGACCCGUGGGGAAGGACAUCGUAAUCCUCUGGCAUGGACUGUGUGCCUAACUGAAGUGCCAGGUUCUGCAACCGAAUCUGAUGUCAGGAAGUCUAUUUACCAUCAAAACGACAAGCCGCGAGGGAUCCAGCUUGGACGGCCCACAUAUACCGCUGAUGAUGAGACAUGUUCAGCAAAGAUUCAAUCACUAUUUACUUCCAUCGGACCAUUAGACUGGUGGGAGCUUACUCCUGACACUGCUGGUAAGCGCAUGAAAGCAAGUGCGCGAUUCCAAAGUGAGGAUGAUGCCAGAGAAGCCGCAAAAUCACUCGACAAAAAGGAGCUUCCCUUUCACGUAACUGCCCAGCUUACUGUACGGUUGGUUCAUACAGCAAAGUUUAAGGUGCAUGUAAAGAUCUAUGAAGCAGUCCAAGCCCAACUCAAAGCAAACAUUAGAACUUGGAAGGCUUCGCAUUUGACUUACGUGGCUUACGAAAACUCCAAUCCACCUAAAUGGUAUCUGGUGUUAAAACUUGAGGGCGAGGCAGAAAAGGAGGUGGCCUCAGCACAAAAGACCAUCGAGAGAAUCAUAUCUGGUAAAGUGGCAAGAGAUAGCUCUUCCACCCUGUGGCAUCCUGCCCUACGCAAGAAUGGGGCGCUUUACGAUCAGGUUAGGCAGAUAGAAAAGAGGAACGGGAUCGCCAUUGUUCGGAACAAAGUUAAAUCACAACUUCAGCUAUAUGGGCCGGAAAAGGCCUGCCAGAUUAGCCAAUCUGAGAUUACUAGACUGCUGCGAGAUGAGACAUCCCAACAUUUCGAUAUUCAACUCGAGGACCAUGAACUCUCGUGGGCGCUUCAAGGGGGGUUGAAAAAGAUAGAGAAAAGGUUGGGUUCCGAGAAGAUCGUAUUUGAUAUCACAUCAACGCCAAAGCGUAUUACGAUAAUCGGUACUACUGGAGACUACGAUACAGCAACUUCCUUGAUCAAGGACAAAGAGGAAACAAAAAGGGAGAUAAGCAUUCAGGAUGGUCAAGAUUGCUCUGUAUGCUGGAACGAAGUCGAAGACCCAGUCUACACGGAGUGCGGUCACGUCUACUGCCUCGAUUGUUUUGAGAACCUAUGCCUUUCAGCUAUGACCCAGAUCACAGCUACCCGCAUUUACUGCGUCGGAAGCCUCGGAAAAUGCUCCAAAACAAUAGGGCUCUUAGAGUUACAAGAACAUCUCUCGUCGAGCUCAUUUGAAGAGUUAUUAGAAAAAUCUCUCGAUUCAUAUGUGCAACACAAUCCACAUUUGUUUACUUAUUGCCCAUCUCCGGAUUGUGGAUAUAUCUAUCGGAUCAACGCCAUACCCAACAGGCAGAUGUGCCCCAGCUGCCAUGUACUUGUGUGCACAGCAUGCCAAGCUCAGCAUGGAUCUAUGACGUGUGAAGAUUAUAAGGAUAUCUCAACUGGCGGGCUUGAAGCUUUUAAAAGAUUGAAGCAGGCUAUUGGUAUCAAAGACUGUCCCAAGUGUAAGACUCCUAUGGAGAAGAUCGAUGGGUGUAACCACAUGACCUGCCCAUGUGGUGCCCAUAUCUGCUGGGUUUGUUUAAAAACUUUUACUGCACAUACUGAUUGCUACAACCAUAUGAAUAAGGUACAUGGCGGAAUUGGGUUGAAUCAGCUUCAGGAGAGGUUUGGUUAAGGUGAUAACUGGGAUUUUAAUGGGACUUGAGCUUCUGAGUAUCAUAGAAGCAUGGCAUAUAUUAAAUAGCAUACUACCUCUCGUAUAACUCUAUAUGGUCGUACUUAACUAGGUCGUACUUAUUACUAUAUUGUUGUGACAUACCACCG